AUGGCACAGGACUAUCAGAUAUUUAAUACUGAUAUCAUCAUUCUAGGAAUCUCCAGUCACAGCCCCAACCACAUCUUCCUCUUCUCUUUGGUGUUGGGCAUCUUCACAGUGGCCUUCACGGAAAACAGUGUCAUGGUUCUCCUCAUCUACCUGGAAACCCAACUCCACACACCCAUGUACUUCCUUGUCAGCCAACUGUCCCUCAUGGACCUCAUGCUCAUCUGCACCACUGUACCUAAGAUGGUUUUCAGCUACCUGUCAGCAAGUCCAUUUCUGUGGCAGGGUGUUACAGAAAUUUUCUUCUAUGCAUCAUUAAUAGGUUGUGAAUAUUUCCUGUUGGCAGUCAUGGCUUAUGACCGUUAUAUUGCUGUUUGCCACCCUCUAAGAUAAACUGAUCUUAUAAGUUCUAAAAUUUGUGGACUUAUGACUGUGUCUUUCUGGAUCCUAAGUUCUACUGAUGGUCUCAUUGAUGUUGUAGCUACACUUUCCUUCUCCUAUUGUGGGUUCAAGGAAAUAGCCAACUUCUGUGAUUUUCCUUCCAUGCUAAUCAUCUCAUGCAAUGAUACUUCAACAUUUGAAGAAGUUAUUUUCUACUGUUGUAUCGUAAUGAUUGUUUUCCCUGUAGCAAUCAUCAUUGCUUCCUAUGCUUGUUAUUCUGUCUGUCAUUUGCAUGGGUUCUGGAGAGGAUACCCACAAACUUUUGCCAGCUGUUCCUCUCACCUCAUGAUGGUCAUAAUGUACUAUGGAGCAAAUUUGUUCAUAUACAUGUCCACUUCAGACUGUUCUCCCACUCAGCAUAAAAUUGUUUCUGUUUUCUACACCAUCCUUACUCCCAUACUAAAUCCUGUCAUCUAUAGCCUCUGCAACGAAUAA